UGUGAGAACCAGAACCGAGCCGGGACCAGGCGCGUGUUGGGAGGGAAACCAAAACAAGCACCGAGGCGGGUCGUGUCCGCGCGGCUCGGGUUGCUCGUGUCUGCAGCCAUCUUGCCUCUCCUCGGCAGAGAUGGUGGGUUCGGAGCGCAGCCAGAACCUCUAACCGGACCGGGUUAGCGCCACAGAGAGACACAAGACCACCAUGGACCUGGUCGGGUUCUGCCUGCUCCUCUGGCUCGCCCUCCUCCCCCGAUCCAGCUGCACCACGGCCAAGGAGAUCACCUGCCAGGAAAUAGCCGUGCCCCUGUGCAAGGGGGUGGGCUACAACUACACCUACAUGCCGAACCAGUUCAACCAUGACACGCAGGACGAGGCGGGACUGGAGGUGCACCAGUUCUGGCCCCUGGUGGAGAUCCAGUGCUCGCCGGACCUGAAGUUCUUCCUGUGCAGCAUGUACACCCCCAUCUGCCUGGAGGACUACAAGAAGCCGCUGCCGCCGUGCAGGAGCGUGUGCGAGAGAGCUCGUGCGGGCUGCGCGCCCCUCAUGCGGCAGUACGGUUUCCCGUGGCCGGACCGGAUGAGGUGCGACCUGCUGCCGGUGCAGGGCACCCCGGACACUCUGUGCAUGGACUACAACAGGACGGAGUCCACCACCGUGUCCCCCCUGCUGUCCAGGCCCACCAACCCCCCCGGGAAAGGCGGCACUAAGAAUAAACCGGGACGCGCCGGCGCGCCGGGGAAACCCAAGCCGCCCGCGGCGCCAUGCGAGCCGGGCUGCAGGUGUCUGGAGCCCAUGGUCCGGGUGAACACAGACCGGCACCCGCUUUACAACCGGGUCAAAACGGGACAAAUCACCAACUGCGCCAUGCCGUGCCACAACCCCUACUUUACGCACGACGAGCGUGCGUUCACGGCGUUCUGGAUCGGACUGUGGUCCGUGCUGUGCUUCGUGUCCACGCUCGCCACCGUGGCCACGUUCCUCAUCGACAUGGAGCGAUUCAAGUACCCGGAGAGACCCAUCAUCUUCCUGUCCGCGUGCUACCUGUGCGUCUCCACGGGCUACAUCAUCAGGCUGAUCGCGGGCCACGAGAAGGUCGCGUGCAGCCGGGACCUGGACCUGGAGCACAUCCACUACGAGACCACCGGGCCCGCGCUGUGCACGGUGGUCUUCCUGCUCAUCUACUUCUUCGGCAUGGCCAGCUCCAUCUGGUGGGUCAUCCUGUCCCUCACCUGGUUCCUGGCUGCAGGGAUGAAGUGGGGCAACGAGGCCAUCGCGGGCUACUCCCAGUACUUCCACCUGGCCGCGUGGAUCAUCCCCAGCAUGAAGGCCAUCGCCGUGCUCGCGCUCAGCUCCGUGGACGGGGACUCGGUGGCCGGGAUCUGCUACGUGGGCAACCAGAACCUGGACAACCUGCGGGGGUUCGUGCUGGCCCCCCUGGUCAUCUACCUGUUCAUCGGCACCAUGUUCCUCCUGGCCGGGUUCGUGUCUCUGUUCCGGAUCCGGAGCGUCAUCAAGCAGGGGGGCACCAAGACCGACAAGCUGGAGAAGCUCAUGAUCCGGAUCGGGAUCUUCACGGUCCUGUACACGGUCCCGGCCACCGUGAUCGUCGCGUGCUACUUCUACGAGCAGCACAACCGGCAGAGCUGGGAGCUCACGCACACGUGCGCCGGCUGCCUGCUGGACCAGGACCGCCGGAGUCCGGACUACGCGGUCUUCAUGUUGAAGUACUUCAUGUGCCUUCUGGUGGGCAUCACGUCCGGGGUGUGGAUCUGGUCCGGGAAGACCGUGGAGUCGUGGAGGACUUUCUGCACGCGCUGCUGCUGGGGGAGCAAAGGCGCCGGCGGCUCCAUGUACAGCGACGUGAGCACGGGGCUCACGUGGAGGUCGGGCACGGCCAGCUCCGUGUCCUGCCCCAAACAGAUGCCCCUGUCCCAGGUCUGACCCCCCAGUAAGCAGUUUAUGACCAUGUUUUAUUGGUGAAUAACUUCUGUGUUCAGUCAAGGUGAGUUCCACUAAAACCAGUUCAGCUGUUGUUAAGUGGGGUUCUGUGAAGACGUUAUGAACAACAAAUAUCUUACCUGCUGCAGCUCAGAU